AUGCCUCGCACGAAGCAGGUAAUGAAGCUGGUCGACAACGGCAAGAAGCGGGAUCUGACGUACAGGACCCGCCUGGGCAGCCUCGUCAAAAAGGUCUCGGAGCUCUCCACGCUCUGCGGCAUCGACGUCUUCCUCCUCUGCGUCAAGCCCGGCCCGGCCGGCGGCGAGGUCACGGCCUGGCCGGAGGACCGCGACGCCCUGCGGGAGCUGGUCGCGCGCUUCCGCGGGACUCCCCCGGAGAGGGUCAAGGAGAACCUCAACGCCGCCACCUACCUCCAGGGCGAGCUGGCCAAGGGCCAGCGCAAGCUGGUCAAGGCCAGGCACUGCCGGCUGGAUGACGUGCUCACGCAGUGGGACCGCCACCUCGACGACCUCUCCGUCCACGACCUCAACGAGCUGUACCGGACGCUGGGCGAGACGCUGCAGAGGGCGCAGCGCCGGAUCGCCGAGCUCGGCGUGACGUCGUCCGCGCUCGCGGUGGUGACCGCGCCCGAGCAGCAGCAUGGCCCGGCGUUCCCUGGCAACGCCUUCGACUUCGGCUUCGGCUGCUUGUCCUCGGGCGCCACCUCCUCCGUGGCCCUACCCCUACUAGGAGCGCAGGACUACCACUACCUUCCCCGAGACAUCCCGCCGCCGCCGCCGCUCUCUGUCCAGCCGCCCUACCUCGGCUUCCACAUGCUGCCGUCGGGCAUCGCCUUUGGGUCCCCGCUGCCGCUGCCCCUUCAGAUGUCGGCGCCGUCGGGUUUCAGCUUUACCAGCGCAGCAGGCAUGAGCAUGACGAUGGACCGCCUGCAUUACGACGCCAACGCCGUCGUCAAUGGGGGCACGGCGGCAACCGGUGCGGCGUUUUAUGAUGAUUUUGGCAGCAGGCAGGGGCAGGGUUUUGGUACUGGUGCGGCAUACCACCACCAGGAUCUACUUGGGUAUGGCUGCUUUGACGCCGGCUACGAUGUUGAGCCUCGGGCUGCUGCCGGGGUUUGGCCGCUGGCUACUCCGAAUAAUAAUCAAGUGGUGGACGCUGCCGCCUACCAGCUGCAGAAUGAUCCAUCUGCGUUAUGGUCGGAGAAUGGCGCCGGUCACCUUGCCCUGCAGGGCGGACAAGAAGAGCGGGGUCGGCUGCGGCGGUUUCACCGGAGGGUGUAG